AUGGCGGACCCGCAGAGAGAUACAGAUGACUCUUUUCCGGUGCCUUUCUCGGUUCAUCUGCCGAGGAUUCUAUCCCACAAAUUCCUUCCUACUCUGUGGACUCCUCUCCUCUUUCUCCUCGUGGCGGCUUCUCCAUAUACCUCUUCUGUCUCUGCAGGACUGAGAGCCUCUGGUGAAGAUGCUGUUUCAACAAAGGUAGUGGGGACUUUUGGGAAGUCAGUGACUCUCCCCCUGAACAUCUCAAUGGACACAGAGAUUGAGCAUGUCACAUGGAUUCACCUCCAAAAGGCAAUUGUUAUCGUGCAACCUGGAGGACCAGCUAUCUUUUUGGACAAAAGCUACCAGAGACGAGUAAACAUCUCCAGUCAGAGCUUCUCUCUGAGCAUCAGCAACCUGAUACCGAAGGAUGAAGGAUCCUACAAUGCCCAGAUAAACAAAGUUAAUUCUAGCAUCACCACUAAAGAGAGAUUCACCCUGCACAUCUAUGGGCAGCUGCAGAAACCCCAAGUCACAGUUACUGCCGCCAUGAAUGACAGUGGCUCCUGUAACAUCACCCUGACGUGCUUCAUGGAGAGAGCGGAGACAAGCGUUUGGUUCAGAUGGACCCAAGCAGAAUCCCAUGCUUCCGAGUCCCACGAGGGCUCCACUCUCACCCUCUCCUGGAUGCUCUGUGACCCGGAUCUGGUGUACACCUGCAGCGCCACCAACCCUGUCAGCCGGAACAGCUCCCGCCCUGUCAGUGUCCAGGAGUUAUGCACAGGUCCAGGAGCUUUCGGAGGAGAAGCAAUGAGGGAGACAGUGCUGGGGAUCCUGGGGGAGCCUGUCACCCUGCCCCUGAAAGUCCCAGCCAAUCAUAGCAUAAAGAAAGUUGUCUGGAGGUUUAACACAUCAAUUCUCAGCAAAGCGUCAGGGGAGGUAACAGCAGAAGGCUCACUUACUGAGUCCAAGGAAACGGAGAAGGACAGAGUGCUGGUCUCCAGCCAGGACUACUCCCUGAAGAUCCGUGAGCUGAAGAUGGAGGACGCUGGCCCCUACAGUGCCUACGUGUGCUCAGAGGUCACCUCCACGAAGCACUUCGCCCUGCGCAUCCACUGGAGGCUGAGGAAGCCAAAUAUCACCUAGAACACUAGAUCCCCUGAGGAUGGCAUCUGCCAGGUUACCCUAACCUGCCCCAUGGAAGACAGUGGAGAUGAUGUGAUGUACAAAUGGACCUCCCUGCAGACGGGAGCUGUUGUGUCCCCAGAUGGGUCACUGCUCAAUAUCUCCUAGAGAAGCAGUGAGGAUUACUCCAACUUCACAUGCACAGCCACAAACCCCGUCAGCAACAGUUCCUGGCAGUUUCUUUCUGGGAAUAUCUGUCCAGGGCCUGAAAAAAGCGUGAACCAUUAUAUUAUACCUAUCACAAUCAUUCUUCUCGCCUUUGUAUGUGUUGGGAUUUGGCGCAUUUGGAAGCGAAAAAAAAAGUGUUCAGCACUCAUCUUAGGUUCCAGCCAAGCUCAGGGUCCAGCUGACACAUCAGAACAUAGAGUUGGCCAGACUCUAUACACAAUGAUUUCUGAGAGGUAUGAAACGCUAGGCCAUCCUACCAAAGCUGCCAGACGACCCCAGCCCAAGCAGGCUUCAAACAGCACUGACAGCACCUCAAUGACUGCGGAGGAAGAGGACACAGGCAGCACGCAAGUCAGCAGAAGGGAUUUACGUCACUUGGCCCCUCAGGAGGAGAGGGCCUUUGAGGGGCAGACCCAGCAUGAUCUCAUCACUCCAAACAAGGCAAUCGACAAUACAGUGUAUUCACAAGUGUUUCACAAGUUUCAGGGAGAGUGGCCAGUUCCUCAGAAGAAUGACAAUUCGCUCACAGUAUACUGCUCCAUACAAAAACCCCAGCUGGGAAGAACACCACCAGAACAGAAUGAUGAGCCCCCUGAAAUUCCUACCUAUGAGAAUUCCAACUGAAAACAAAAACAGCUGUGUGUGUGUGUGUGCAUGUGUGUGUAAUUUGUGUAAUUUACUUUUAUACAAACAAACUUAAUGAGUGAAUGAGAAAGUGAUAAAUGUUCAAUAACUCUUUAUUUGUAAAUAUAAUCCAGUACUCUCAAGUACUGUAU